AUGACAAGUGAAGUUCCGGAUACUGCAGGAGCACAAUUAGAGAAUGGUCUAACAAGGAACGGAAGUGAUAUAGAUUCUCGUAUACGCAAUCUAUCUAUUCAAACAGGUGAAGAGUUUUCUCCAGAGUUUAUAAGAGACCGCACACCUAGAAGAAAAGCAAACACCGGUGAAGAUUGUCCUCAAAAGGUUUCUAAAGAGCGUCGGUCCCCUAGAAAUCUAUUAGAGGUUCUUGAAGAUUGCCCGCUAGAAUAUCCUCAAAACCAUGGUGCAUCUACACGAAGUUCCACAGAAAAUCUUACAGAUCAACACCAACAGAGGAGAAUAGGCUUUCAUUUCAAUCCAAACCAGCAACUUGUUUAUGAUGAUCGUGCUGGUUGUGGGAUUAGCAAAGGAGAUCCUGAAAACAGAACCGGUUCUUCAGGUUUUUGGUCUGGCAACGGAAUUCCAGUUCAAGCAGAGAAACAUGCAUAUUCUGAUUCAUCAAGCAGAUGUCACUAUAAGGAUUAUACUCCAAGGGAAUAUCAGCAGCAUCAACAACCAUUGACAGAUACAGAUGAAACCUAUAAUCACCAACUUGGUUUUUAUUCUACUUCACCACAAUACAAAUCAGGUUCUCCGCGCUCAUACCAACAUUACGGUCAUGUUUCAGGAAUCCCAGAUGGUUCUUUUUGUGGGAAAAUGAAAUUUCUAUGUAGCUUUAGUGGGAAAAUAUUGCCAAGACCAAGUGAUGGGAAGCUUAGAUAUGUGGGAGGGGAGACACGGAUCAUAUCUAUUAGGAAAACUCUUAGUUAUCAAGAACUCAUGAAGAAAACUAGUGCCAUUUGCAACCAGCCUCAUACAAUCAAGUACCAGCUUCCUGGUGAGGAUCUUGAUGCUCUGAUAUCGGUAUGUUCUGGUGAGGAUCUUCAGCAUAUGAUAGAGGAAUAUCACGAACUGGAAAGAGGGUCUCAAAGACUACGGAUAUUUCUUAUACCUUUAAACGAUCCUGAGAGUCCAUGUUCUGAUGAUUCAAGGUCUAUUCAUCAGACUGAUAAGAGCUAUCAGUAUGUGGUUGCUGUAAAUGGCAUGAAUGAACCAUGUCUUCGAAAGAACUCCAGUAAGGAGAAUCUGCUGGGCAGAACAGUGGAAUCUAGUCCAAGUUCUCAAAGAUAUACGCCUAAUUCUGCUCAACCAAUGGAUGCUGGAGGCAGCUCAUUAAAUCUGAACAUGAAGCUCAUAAAUCCAACUCAGAUGAUUCAGAGUCCCGUUAAUAUGAUGUCAUCAUAUAUGCAGGCUCCUGCACCUCACAUGCCAGUUCAGCUUAAAGAUCCACUGAAUCCACAACUGAUAGUGUACAGAGAUCGUGUGGACCCACCAGCAUACGAUAACCCCUAUCAUCUUGAUGCCACCAGCUAUCAUGCCAAUCAUCCUCUCAACAGUGUAACAGCAGGCAAUGUGUCUUCCUUCCGACAUCCCCAUGGUCAAGGUGAUAUGGACGUUCAGAGGCCUGUGCAUAAUGAAUCUGCAAUUCAGUCAAAACAGUUUGUGUUCUCUCAAGAUAAAUCGGGACCGAGUCAGACAGUGCUUACCAGAUUGUUUUUAUCGGUAAGCACUUACUACAAAACACUUGGUAAACAACCAUUUUCAGUCGGCUUUUACCUAGACCAAACCUCUUACCCAAGUUGUGAUGGUAAACGGCCCCUAAACAAUACCUCAAAGGUCUUAUCUUACUUGCUAUGGCUCUCUAAAGACGCAGAUAACUACCCUCUUCAACAAGAUGUGGUUCCGUCAAUGCAUAGCAAACUAGAAACCCCCCCUUUCUUUGUGCAUCAACAGGAGGCAAUAAAGGAGAACACUCGAACAUCUGGAAGUGACAAUCUUCCAACUAUUGCAACUUCUGACCUUGACAAGCAGUAUGCAGAAUGGAGUCAAGAUAACAUAACGUGGAUGGCAAAGAACAAUUCAAACUUAAAUUCGGGUAGGGAUCCAGAUCAAAAUCAGUACAUUGUAUCGUCAGCUACCACUUCAGGUGAGCAUCAUUAUAUUGUUAGGACACCAAGUAGUAACGCGAUCUUCAAUUUAUCUUCUGGACUGCACUAUGAUUCGUCUCAAGAAAUGGGCAGAGCAGACGUGUAUUCUGAAAACCAUGUCCUUGUAACUGCAUCUACUGAGAGUGACUGCAUUUUGAGCUCAAAUUUGAAUGAAAAUGGCCCCCUUAUCAAUGAUUUGGUGAUUAUAAGUCCAGCCAUCCCUACUGCCAUUAGAGGUGAUGUUUCUCGUGUUAAGAGCUCUGUAGAUAAUGUUAGUGACAGGAGCCCAUCGCAAAUCUCAGAUGAUAAGAAUGAUGCUGAUAUGCCGGAAUUCCCUCUUCUUGUUGACGGUAUAACUGAUCAUCUGCCACCAGAUAUCCCCUCAUCAGAAGCAGUUAUGCCAUAUACUGAAGAUGAACCUAGUGAUGGAGUUUUAACCCCUAGCGACAAACAAAAUGAGGGUGUUGCUCAAUCCGAUAGCAAGGAUGUUGAAGAUGACAAGGGUGUUAAGGGCGAACACAUCAGUGGUUCAAGAAUAGCUCAAAUGGAAGCAGGGAUGUAUGGUCUGCAGAUCAUACGGAACUCUGAUCUUGAAGAACUUCGUGAAUUAGGAUCUGGCACAUUUGGAACUGUUUAUCAUGGCAAAUGGAGGGGAACGGAUGUUGCUAUCAAGAGGAUUAAAAAAAGCUGUUUCUCGGGGAAAAAAUCAGAGCAAGAGCGAUUGACUAAAGACUUUUGGAGAGAAGCUCAGAUCCUAUCAAGACUUCACCAUCCAAAUGUGGUGGCAUUAUAUGGAGUGGUACCAGAUGGCCCUGGGGGAACACUAUCCACUGUUACUGAAUAUAUGGCUAAUGGGUCACUUAGGCAUGUUCUGUUGAGAAAAGAUAGAUCACUUGAUCGGCGAAAGAGGCUCAUAAUUAUGCAAGACGCUGCAAUUGGCAUGGAGUACCUGCAUUUGAAAAACAUUGUUCAUUUUGAUUUAAAAUGUGAAAACUUGCUCGUCAAUUUGGGAGAUCCUCAGCGACCCGUAUGCAAGGUUGGUGACUUUGGUUUAUCAAGAAUUAAACGCAACACAUUUGUUUCGGGUGGUGUACGGGGAACACUUCCUUGGAUGGCUCCAGAGCUUCUGAGCGGUAGCAGUACUCGGGUUUCUGAGAAAGUUGAUGUAUUCUCAUUUGGUAUUUCAAUGUGGGAAAUUUUGACCGGGGAGGAGCCUUAUGCAGACAUGCAUUGUGGUGCCAUCAUUGGUGGGAUUAUGAGCAAUACACUGCGGCCACCGAUCCCAGAACGUUGUGAUCGCAGAUUGAAGGCGUUGAUGGAAGAGUGCUGGUCGUAUGAUCCAGCAGCCAGGCCUUCGUUCACCGAGAUAACAAACAAGUUCCAGGUUAUGUCAAAGAAACAAAAUCAGGCAAAAAGAUGAGAUGUAAAUUAAAAUAGAUAGAAACAACAGCAACAGCAACAAAGGGUGUGUCAUU